AUGGCGAAUUGCGAGAAGUGGAUAACGCGAAGUGUACGCAGUCUGCCUAUUGGAUCUGUUGCGUUCGAUCAGACCAAUGCUGUUGCUGCUACGUGUGUUGGCAGUGAUUGCGUGCUUUAUUCGGUCUCCAGUGGUAAACGUGUUGCUGUUCUAGAGCACACCGAUGACCUGGUAUCAGCUUUUUUCGUGGAGAAAGAUAAGCUGUUAGCUUUCACAAAAAAUGGUGAGGUGGUGGAAUGGGCAGUAUCGGGUGAGAAACCUGCACAACUCUCGUCCCAUAAAGUUACAGCCUUUCCUGUACGGAAAGCGUUCUUUCUACAUGAUGAGAAACGUUGUGUAGUAGUUGUGGAUCAUGGAUCUCAUCUCACUGUUAACAAUCUUAUGAGUGAAAAAUCUCUUGCUACCAUUGCUAAUCUUCCUGCUGAUCUUCGAAAUGAGCAGAUUGCUGUGACGAGUCAUUAUGUUACUUACUGCAACGGCAAGGAAGUCUUUGUGAUUCCGUUCGAAGAGGACUCAGACUUUCCUCCCAGCAAUUAUACGUGUAAGACACAUAUUGAAGGAUUAGGAGAUCGAAACGCCGACAAUGUUUUUGUCAGGAUCACAGCGCUAGGAGAUACUAUCGCUGCGACACUCGCCAUUGGAAGAGUUUAUAUAUGGUCCCAUGUUUCGAAGAAAGGCAUACAAGAUUCUGCUUUCACCAUCCACUGGCACAAGGUAGCUCCUAGCAUAGCAUUAACACAGUUUGGUGGGUUGCUGUCUGCUGGAGCAGAAGCUGUACUGUGCAAAUUCACGCUCAGUGGAGCAGGUCGACCAAACAUGCUUCCUCGCCUCCCCGCUCCUGUUCGCGACUUGGCCAUUUCCGCGGAUGCAAGCCAUGUGGCAGUGAUUCUAGAAGAUAAUUCGCUGCAUGUGGUGGCCACUGCAAGCAUGAAUGUGCUUUCAACACUCGAAACUGUGGUUAAUUGCAAUCGGUCACUGAAGUCUGUUUUUACAACGGAUCCCUGUUCACCAGGAAUGUUGGUAAUGAAUGGCAAACCGGGUUCUUUACAGUGGAUAAGUAGCACUGAUUCCAAAACUUUUCGUCAGACGUGCUUUUCUUUGGAGAACGUAGCCGACGGUGACAUGUCUUUUGCUGGCAUCACUCAAACUUUUCCGGAUGUGGAGCAGGUCUUUUUCACAAAAUCAACUAUAGUCACUCUUGAAACAGUCAUCAACUUCGAAGAAGAACAUAAGCGGCUUCGUUUUUGGGAGCGUUCGCAAAAAAGCGAUUCAGCAGUUCAAAUAGUGGAAUCUUUUAUUGUCUCAAAAGACACUGUAAGCAUAACUGGUUGCAAGCAACCGUCCUCGAACGCGGAAGAAAUGUUUUUAUCCGUAAUGAAGAGCGGGAAGGUCAACGUUUGGAUCCCUCGUGAAGAAGGAACACGCUUUAAACUGGAUCCAGUUCGACAAAUUGACCGGCAGUAUGAAUUCCGCAUUGGUUCCGUAAUCCAUAACAAGAUGUGGGCGUCGGCGCAUCCGGAAGGUGCAAACGAUACUGAUGUGGUUGUAAUCUGGAAUACGUCCGACAUGAGUGAGAUCGAUGUCCUGCGCACGGACGGACGGGUUAGCUCGGUUCAAUUCGACGAGAAGAGCCAUCUAGUUUGCGCUACUGACAAAGCAGUGCGAUGUUGGAAGCACACGGCAAUGCAGUUCGAGUUUUUAUGGAUUGUGGAACAACCAUUAAUGAUUCACGUCAGCUCCUUUGGAGGUUUUGCUUGGCAUGAGAACGACGUGAUGGAAUUCGAUGUUGAGACUGCUGCGCUCACAUCUUCGUUCCACUUCGCAGCUCCUAUAACUGAUCUCCUUGCAACAAAAGAUGACAGUGAACAAGUGAUAGUUGUUGCAAGAUCCGAGAAAGGUUUACUGUUCGCCUGUCCAAAGUCGCAUCAGACAAAGAAAGCGGAGGAGUCGUCGAACGUAGCAGGGAAAACUCCUUUUGCCUCACUUGCUCCAGUGGAAACGUCGGCUCAAACGCCAUCGUCGGGCGCUCCUUUGAGGCCAGCGGCGAAGACCGCAGCCGUACAUUUGUUUGAUGGUCCGUGUCACGCUCUUCCACCUGUUUCUCAUCUUGCACCAUUAUUUAUUGCUCAAUGUUUGGCACCACCACUCCCAGAAAAAAGAUGA